AUGGCGUCCCUUCAGGAAAAGAACGGCACGAAUGUCUACAGCAAUGGCCAUAGUAACGGUAACGGGAAGCACGCCGCUGCUCCUCAGGCACAGUCCAAGACUCAGGCUCAGCCAGAGGAGAAGAAAGAGGGCAUCGUGAAGAGUUUCAAGAAGCUGCGCGUGCUUUCCAAGAGACCGCUUCCCAGGGAGAUGGGCGAUGGGUCGUAUCGUGUCAUUGACACAAGACCAGGUCUUAAGCAGGAUGUUCGUCGUCUGCGAGGAAAAGAUUUGAAGACGUUGUUUGAGAUUGUUCGCAGCAAGGUCAAGGGUGAGAUGCAACAGGACGACAAGACCAUGCUCAUGGAGAGGACGAUCCAACUCGUUGCCAAUUUGAGUGACCACUCAAAGGUCCAAGAGGCUCUCACCAAUAGCUUCAUCGCUCAACUGUGGAACUCAAUUGACCAUCCGCCUAUGCUGUACAUGGGCGACAAGUUCCGCUUCCGACAGCCAGAUGGGUCUAACAAUAACCCGAUGCUUCCUCAGCUUGGUGCUGCGAGGACGCCGUACUCGAGGACGGUCAGACCGAAGGGUAUGUCCCUGGGUGCGCAGCCAGACCCGGAAGCUAUCUUCGAGUCCCUGUUUGCGAGAGAUGGGUUCAAGAAGAACCCGAAUAACGUCUCGAGUAUUCUUUGGUACUGGGCUACCAUUAUCAUCCACGAUCUCUUCUGGACAAACACAAAAGAUCCCAACCAGAACGACUCAUCCUCGUAUCUCGACCUCGCUCCUCUGUACGGCUCGACCGAGAAAGCCCGCGACUCCAUCAGAACAUUCAAGGACGGCCAGCUCAAGCCCGAUUGCUUCGCUGACAAGCGCCUCAUCGGCAACCCCCCCGGUGUACCCAUUCUUCUCAUCAUGUUCAACCGCUUCCACAACCAUAUCGCGACCAACCUGGCCGACAUCAACGAAGGCGGUCACUUCACCAAGCCUGCUGAGAAUCUCGAUCCCGAGGCAGCAGAGGCGGCGUGGAAGAAGCGCGAUACAGAGCUCUUUGAGACAGCACGUCUUGUCACUUCGGGCUUGUAUAUCAAUAUCACGCUGAUUGAUUACGUGCGCAAUAUCAUUGGCCUUAACCGCGCUGAUACUACGUGGACUCUUGAUCCUCGUCAGGAGAUGGGUGUGUCGGUAGGCACUAAGGAUCUCUCCGAGAGCGGAACUGGAAACGCCGUCUCGGCAGAGUUCAACCUUUGCUACCGCUGGCACUCGUGUCUCUCUGAGAUGGACGAGAAAUGGGUCCAGGAUUUCUACACUGAGCUCCUGGGCGAGAACUACGGGCCUAUGAAUCUGCAGACUAUGAUGAGGGCUCUCAAGGCUUUUGAGGCGUCAGUCGCUGAUGAGCCCUCUGAGAGAACUUUCGGUGGUUUCAAGAGAGGCCCUGAUGGCAAGUUCAACGAUGAUGAGCUUGUCGAGGCUCUUGCAACAGCUAUUGAACAGCCUGGUGGUGCUUUUGGUGGACGCAACGUCCCGCGUAUCAUGAAGCCUAUCGAAAUGCUAGGUGUCUUGCGUGGCCGCAAGUGGAAUCUCGCUGGUCUCAAUGAGUUCCGUAAACAUUUCGGUCUCAAAGCCUACGAUACUUUCGAGGAGAUCAACUCUGAUCCUGAGAUUGCCGAGUCUUUGAAGAACCUCUACCAGCAUCCUGACUACGUUGAGCUGUACCCCGGUAUCGUCGCAGAGGAGGCCAAGACGCCCAUGUCUCCGGGUGUGGGCAUCGCUCCUACGUACACCAUCUCCCGAGUCGUUCUCUCUGAUGCCGUGGCUCUCGUCCGUGGUGAUAGGUACUACACUACCGAUUACAACCCGCGUCACUUGACGAACUGGGGCUACAAGGAGGUUGACUACGAUCUCAAGAUCAACCACGGCUGCGUUUUCUACAAGCUCUUCCUGCGCGCUUUCCCGCAACACUUCAAGGGCAACUCUGUCUACGCACACUACCCAAUGGUCAUACCCACAGAGAACCACAAGAUCCUCACGGACAUCAAGCGCGUAGACCGCUUCGACUUUGGCCGUCCCUCACCCACAGCCACGCGCAUCAACAUCGUCGGCUACAGAGCGGCAAAGUACAUCCUCGAGGACCAGACCAAGUACCGCGUCUGCUGGGAGGAGGGCCUCAAGCACCUCAUGGGCGAGGGCGGCGGGCGCUUCAUGCUCUCGGGCGACACGGAGCUGCACGCGCAGCAGAGGAAGUGCAUGGGUAGGCUGCUGUACAACGACACCUGGCGCAACGCCGUCAAAUCGUUCUACGCGACAACGGCGGAGAAGCUGCUGGCGCGCAAGUCGUACAAGCUUGCGGGGAAGACGCAGGUCGAUGUCGUCCGUGACGUGGGCAAUGUUGCGCACACGCAUUUCGUAUCGCGCAUGUUCAACCUCCCCCUCAAGACGGAGGAGAACCCCAAGGGUAUCUUCUCCGAGCAGGAGCUCUACAUGAUCCUGGCGGUUAUCUUUGUGUGCAUCUUCUUCGACAUCGAUCCCGCAAAGUCGUUUCCUCUGCGACAGGGCGCGAGGGAGGUUGCGCAGGCGCUGGGCAAGAUUGUCGAGAUGAACGUCAAGUUGGCCACCAGUGUCGGCGUCAAGGGCCUGUUCACUGCCAAGCCUGACAAGACCCAUGAUCCGCUGGCUGCGUACGGGGAGAACAUGGCCAAGGGGCUGAAGAAGGCUGGGCUGAGCACGUAUGACAUCGUGUGGAGUCAGAUUCUGCCCACGGCUGGAGCUAUGGUGCCGAACCAGGCUCAGGUGUUUGCGCAAACAUUGGAUUGGUACCUUUCUCCCGCUGGUGAGAAAUACCGUCCUGAACUCCAUCGCAUUGCAGCUCUAGAGACGGGCGACGAGACAGAUGCCCUCCUGCUGGGCUAUGCCAUGGAAGGUAUUCGCAUGGCCGGCACAUUCGGUCUCUACCGUGAAGCCGCAGUCGCCGACACCAUCCAAGAAGAUGACGGACGAUCUGUGCCCGUAAAGCCAGGCGACCGGGUCUUUGUGUCCUUCGUAUCCGCAGCCAAAGACCCCAGCAUCUUCCCGGAGCCGGAGACGGUCAACCCGCGGCGGCCGCUGGACACAUACAUCCACUACGGCGUUGGUCCGCAUGCGUGUCUCGGAAGGGAUAUCAGCCAGGUUGCACUGACGGAGCUCUUCAGGGCGCUGUUCAGGAAGAAAGGUCUCAGGAGGGUGCCCGGUGCGCAGGGCGAGCUGAAGAAGGUGCCGAGACCAGGCGGGUUCUACGUGUAUAUGACGGAGGACUGGGGUAGCAUCUGGCCGUUCCCUACCUCUAUGAAGGUUACUUGGGAUGAUUAA